ACACCACACAUUUUACUCGGGACGGAGAAGAAGAAGAAGAAGGGAAGACCGAUCAUUGCUUCUUCUUCUUCAUCGCCAUUGAAACCCAUCAACAAAUACACAUCACCCUAUUGCUCCCUAGUUUACACUUUUCUACUUCUUCAUAAAACCCUAAAAAUGGCAGAUGCUAGGGUUUUCAAUGCACCAGACAGAGCUCUCCAAGCAGGCGUUAUCACCAAAGUCCGAUUAGAGAACUUCAUGUGUCAUAGUCAUAUGGAAAUUGAUUUGGGUGACCGUGUCAAUUUCAUCACUGGUCAAAACGGAAGUGGAAAGAGUGCUAUACUUACGGCUUUGUGUAUUGCGUUUGGUUGUCGAGCCAAAAGUACGGACAGAGCAACCACAUUGAAGGAGUUUAUAAAGACUGGUUGCAGCUAUGCUCUUGUUCAUUUGGAAAUUAAGAAUCAGGGGGAGGAUGCUUUUAAGCAUGACGCAUAUGGAGAUGUCAUAAUAUUAGAGCGCAGGAUCACUGAGUCAACCAGCACUAGCGUCCUUAAAGAUCAUCAAGGGAAAAAGGUCGCCACUAGAAGAGAGGAAAUCCGUGAACUUGUGGAACAUUUUAACAUCGAUGUUGAGAAUCCUUGCGUAGUAAUGAGCCAGGACAAGAGCAGAGAGUUUUUGCAUUCAGGGAAUGAUAAAGAUAAAUUCAAGUUCUUUUUCAAGGCUACACUUUUAAGUCAAGUGGACGAUCUACUAAAAAGUGUCAAGGACAAUCUUGAUAAAGCAAACGGUGAGGUUCUAGAGCUUGAAAGGUCAAUAGCACCUGUAGAGAAGGAAUUGAAUGAGUUGCAAGGGAAGAUUAAAAGCAUGGAACAUAUUGAAGAAAUUUCUCAGCAGGUGCAAUUGUUAACCAAAAAAUGUGCAUGGUCAUUGGUAUAUGACAUAGACAAGCAGAUGCACGAAGAGACUGCGAGGAUUAGAAAACUGGAAGAACGGAUACCUCAGUGUCAAGCUCGAAUUGAUCAGAAAAUCGCAAAAGUAGAAGAAUUGCAGGAUCGUUUGAACAAAAAGAAAGCUCAGAGUGCCAUUAUGAUGGAAAACACUUCGAAAGCAAGGAAAAGAAAGAAUGAAUUGGAAGAGAAACUUUCUUUGGCUACAAAGGAGAGGAUUGAACUAGAGCAAGAAUAUGGCCGCAGAAGUGACAACAUUGGUAAGAUGGCUAAGCGAAUCAAAUUACUUGAGCAGCAAAUCAGCGAUGUCAAUGAGCAACAUAUGAAGGACACACAGGCUGAAGAAUUUGAGAUGGAGAAAAAACUGAAAGAGUUUCAAGAUGAGAUCAAUGUUGCUGACUUAGAGUUUCAAAGAUUGAAGAAAAUUGAGGAUGAUUUGUCAGAAAGUUUAGGGAUUGCAAGGGAUGAACUUAGAAUGAUCACUUCUGAGCUUGAUGAUUAUGCAAAGAAGAUCAGUGAUAGUCAGCGUCGCAUUCGCGAACUGCGAUUGAAUCAGACAAACAAGGUCACAGCAUUUGGAGGAUAUAAAGUUUCCAAUCUUCUACAGGCUAUCGAGAGGAACCACCACAGAUUCAAAAAGCCCCCCAUUGGUCCUAUAGGAGCGCAUGUGGCGUUAAUUCAUGGCGACAAAUGGGCUGUUGCUGUCGAAAAUGCCAUUGGCAAGUUGCUUAAUGCUUUCAUAGUGACAAAUCAUAAAGAUUCACUUUUAUUGAGAUCAUGUGCUAGAGAAGCAAACUACCACCACCUUCAGAUCAUCAUAUAUGAUUUUUCUAUACCAAGGUUGCAAAUUCCAAAUCACAUGCUUCCCCAGACAAAUCACCCUACUACGAUUUCAGUAAUACAAUCUGACACUCCAACAGUUGUAAAUGUAUUGGUUGAUAUGGGUGGGGCUGAGAGACAAGUGCUUGUAAGAGACUAUGAAAUGGGAACUACCGUUGCUUUUGACCAAAGGAUUUCAAAUCUGAAGGAGGUUUACACAACAGAGGGUCAUAGAAUGUUUUCUCGUGGUUCAGCACAAACCAUUCUACCUCCUGGGAAGAAUGCAAGGACUGGGCGUCUCUGUAGUUCAUAUGAUGAUCAAAUUAAAAGUUUUGAAAGAGAGGCAAUACACAUGCAAGAACUAGCUCAACAAGCUCAGGGAAAGAAAAGGAGUUUCAAUGAACGGCUUCAGAAUCUUCAGGAUGAACUACAAAUUGCGAAGAGACGUCGUGUGGGUGCAGAGAAACAUUUAAUGUCAAAGAAUCUUGGGCUAGAGGAUUUGAAGAAUUCAUAUGCUGCAGAAGCGAUAACUUCCUCCGUGUCUAGUGUUGAUGAGCUCCAGCAUGAAGUUUCGAAAGUACAACAUGAUAAAACCGAAGGUGAGAUUUUGCUUGAGAAGAUUCAGGAGAGAUUGAAGGAAGCCGAAGCUAAAGCAAAUGAACUUAAAGUUUCAUUUGAAGAGCUACGUGAAUCAGCAAAAGCAGACAUCAACGCUCUAGAAGAAGCAACCCGCCAGCUGACUCAGAUUGAAGAGGAUCUGCGUUCUGCAGAAGCGGAAAAACGUCAUUAUGAAGGACUUAUGGUGCAGAAAGUCCAUCAGAGGAUUGAGGAUGCUAAACAACAAUUUCAGGAUUUGGAAAAUGAGCGAAAGGUAAGUUAUGAAAAGGCCUCUAUCAUAUGUCCUGAGAGUGAGAUUGAAGGCUUGGGAGGAUGUGGUGAAACAAGCUCGGAGCAGUUCCAAGCCCACCUUAAAAGGCUAAAACUGCGACUUGAGCAAGAAAGCCAGAGGCAUCAGGAAUCUAUUGAUGAACUUCGGAUGUUGUAUGAUGAGAAAGAGCGUAAGAUUAAGAAACAACGGCAAACUUACAAAGCUUUUAGAGAGAAACUUUGUACAAUUCAUGUGGCUCUUGACAAACGAUGGAGCAAGUUUCAGAGAAAUGCAACUCUUUUAAAGAGACAGCUGACGUGGCAGUUUAAUGGUCAUCUCCGGAAAAAGGGGAUUAGUGGACACAUUAAAGUUAGUUAUGAGGAGCAGAAGCUUUCGAUCGAGGUAAAGAUGCCCCAAGAUUCAUCGACAAGCAAUGUACGAGAUACAAGAGGGCUAUCGGGAGGAGAGCGGUCGUUUUCAACGCUAUGCUUUGCACUAGCUCUUCAUGAGAUGACAGAAGCUCCAUUUCGAGCUAUGGAUGAGUUUGAUGUUUUUAUGGAUGCUGUGAGUCGGAAAAUCAGCUUGGACACAAUACUGGAAUUUGCUCUGGCACAAGGUUCACAGUGGAUAUUUAUUACACCUCAUGACAUAAGCAUGGUAAAACACGACGACAGGAUCAAAAAGCAACAAAUGGCGGCUCCUAGGUCUUGAAGCACCUAUAUUGUUAUGAAAACUUGUUUUAUGAUAUGGUUUCAACAUUCAUGUAAUGGUAUUUGUAUUAGUCAAAAAUCAAAAUGUAUCCUGGAUUUAAAAAAACAAACAGAUGGUGAAACUUUCUACCUAC